AUGGUGCUGCCAAAGAGCAAGAACAGCGUGGGGCUGGGCAACAGCCUGAUGAACGAUCGGUUCGGCAAAGGCAAAGGCGCAGACAGGAAAAAAGUCUCUCAGCAGGGCAUCAUCCGAAAGGAUCAUACCACGGGACAGUCGUACGUUACAAAUGCCGUGCAGGAGGCGGCAUGGGUCAAAAUGCGCAGUGUCACAGAGCAAGGCGCUCUCGACGAAUUCCUCUCGACCGCCGAACUGGCUGGCACAGAUUUCACGGCAGAGAAGAUGAGCAAUGUCAAGAUCAUACACACCGACCAGAACAAUCCAUACCUACUCAGCGCGGCGGAAGAGAGGGGGGCGAGAAGAAAACACGCACAGAACAAAGAGCGGUUAACAGUACCGAGAAGACCCAAAUGGGACGAAAGCACCACUCGAGAGCAAUUGGACGAACAGGAAAGGGCCAGUUUGCUGACCUGGAGGCGGGGACUUGCCGAACUUCAAGAAAACGAUGAUCUUCUUAUGACCCCAUUUGAGCGCAAUAUCGAAGUCUGGAGACAAUUGUGGCGAGUUAUUGAAAGAUCAGAUCUUGUGGUCCAGAUCGUCGAUGCCCGCAACCCCUUACUAUUCCGAAGCGACGACUUGGAGAAAUACGUCAAGGAGGUCGACCCGAAAAAGCGCAACCUGCUGCUGGUGAACAAGGCCGACAUGCUGACGGAGACGCAGCGGAGCCUGUGGGCGGAUUACUUCAUUGAGCAAGGCAUCAACUACAAGUUCUUUUCUGCUCAUCUCGCGAAAGAGAUGCUUGAAGGGCGGGAUGCCAUGGAGGAGCUCGACGCAAGACAACUGCAGCAGCAAAUUGACCGAGAUGCGCCUCAGAAAACAGUGCUUAAGAACCUGCAGGAUCUCAAUUUGAAGGACGCAGAGGGGGAGGAAUGGUCAGAUGAGGAAGAUGAAGACGAGCACGAAGGAUCUGACCACAGCGAGGACGCAUUGUCCGAGCGAUCACCGGAACGGACACAGAUCCUGACGGUUGACGAGCUGGAGGCUCUGUUCCUGGAGAACAUCCUGGAAGACAGUACUACUGAUCGGAAGACGACCAUCGGGCUGGUUGGGUAUCCCAAUGUGGGCAAGUCAUCAACCAUCAAUGCUCUGAUUGGAGCCAAAAAAGUCAGCGUUUCAUCGACGCCGGGGAAAACAAAGCAUUUCCAGACCAUUCAUCUAUCGGACAAAGUGAUCCUGUGCGAUUGUCCCGGGCUGGUCUUUCCGAAUUUUGCCACCACCAAAGCCGAGUUGGUGUGCAGUGGUGUCUUGCCCAUCGACCAGUUGCGCGAGUUUACCGGCCCGGCGGGGCUGGUGGCACAAAGAAUACCACAGGCAUUCCUGGAAAACGUCUAUGGAAUGAAGAUAGCCACCAGGCCGAUAGAAGAGGGCGGCACCGGUCUCCCCACUGCGUCUGAGGUGCUCAGAGCUUACGCAAAGGCUCGAGGAUUUGCAACCACUGGCCACGGCCAGCCAGACGAGUCCAGGGCGGCAAGAUAUGUGCUGAAGGACUAUGUCAACGGCAAGCUCCUCUACUGCCAUCCACCGCCUCACGAGCCCGAAAUCGACGGGAAUGAAUUCAACGAGGCUCUCUAUGACUUUGCCCAUCUCCCGGCCAAACGGCAGGCUUGGUUGAUUGCCCACAGCGACGAAGCCGGCGUCGACGUCAAUGUCCAUGUUGAUGUGGAGGCGGAGACGGAGUCCCAACCCUUGGUUUCUAGACGUCCUCGAGAGACUGGAAACCGGUCGAAGCAACUGGACAAGAGGUUCUUCGGACCGGGGACCGGAAAUGCAGGCCACCUCACGCUACCGUUCAACCACCAAUACACCGAACAAGGACAACAGCAAAAGCAGCUGAGUGGCCGGAAAGAAAGGACCAUGGUUGCUUUGGAGAAGGACGUCGACCCCGCGGAAUUGCGAUUGAACAGCAAGAAGCAUUUCAAGGGUCCCCGGAGGAAGGUUCGAAACACCAGGGCUCGUGAUGACGAUUCAGAUUAA